AUGGUGGCGCGCCAAUCGCAAACCUACGAGCAGGCGGUGCAGCGAUACGUGGAGCAGUACAAUCGACAGCCUCCGCCUGGCUUUCAAGACUGGUUCACUUUCGCAAAGGCCAACAACGCGAUCAUCAUUGAUGAUUACGGUCAGCUCGAGCAAGAUCUUGCACCUCUGCGCAAGAUUCCAGCCCAUGUCCUGCGUCAGCGAAUGAAGAACGGUCGCAAGACCGGCAUGUGGGAACUACACCAGUGGGACUUCAAAAACGGCACUGUCUCGACCGGGGCAAAGCACGGGACCGUCAACGCUUUCAAGGGCAUCCUCCAACCCUUCGUUCACAAACUUCCCGACUUCAGCGUUCUGCAGAACUGGGAUGACAACCAUCGUGUCUGCGGUCCUAAACCGGGCGAGGUCGAAGAUGUCAACGACACAACAGUGAUCGAGGUUGGCACAUCCGGUGACCCUGAUGCAAUGGAUCAUCUGACCAUCGGCUGUCCACGAAACACCGAAACAACCUCGUCCGUCACCAGCGAUCGUCCGUCAGUCGACUUCUGCAAGCAUACGCAUGAUUGGAUGAACCAGCAUGGCAUCUUCCGCGUCCAUAAUGGCUGCUUCAACUCUACUGUUCCGGUCCUGUCUCUCACCAAGAUCUCGAGCUUUCAGGACAUCACCACGGCUUCGUGGUGCUACGGAGCCGAUGGAUAUCGUCUUUGGGGUCUCAAUCCGAGCGGCAAAGACUCGGACCACGUGGCGUACCGAGACAAGAGGGCACGCAUCUACUGGCGUGGUAGCAACACCGGAUCUAGGCGUGGCAAGAAGCCACACUACUACGGACACCGCGAGCGCCUUGUCAUGAUGGGCGCUCAGAUGCAGAAAAAAGCUGCCGAGCUUGCGGCACGUUACAAGGGGCAAAGCUUGCCCGGAACCUUUACGCAAGACGAUGUCAAGCGCGUCGAGCUGCCCGAGAUGCCAAAGACGUUCACGCAGCUUCAGCUCUCAGCUCUCUCGCGGCUCGACCCAGAAGCGAUCGACAUGAACUUUGUUGGUCUGCACGGCUGCCAGAACGAUCCCGAGCGCUGUGCAGAAUGGGAGAAGACAUUCCCCCUUGCGGCCCAUCAGGAUUCGUCGUUUGCGUUCCGGAACAAAUUCCUCAUGGAUAUCGAUGGCAACUCGAUGUCCUGUCGCUUCUACCGGUUGCUUGACAGCAACAGCUUGGUGUUCAAGCAGACCAUCUACGUGGAAUGGCAUGAUGAUCGCAUCGUGCCGUGGCUUCACUACGUCCCGGUCUCCAAGGGCAUGGAGGAGCUUCCUAUCUUGCUCGAUUACUUCACCAACGAUCCGACAGGCCAAGCGCUAGGCGAGAUGAUCGCAAACACAUCCAGGGAUUGGUCGAACAGCGCUUUGAGGAAGAUCGACCUUAGCGUCUACACGUACAGGCAGAUGCUCGAGCUGGCUCAUAUCAUCGGACACGACUAA